CAGGGUAUUAAAAAUGUUAUCAUAAUAAAUGAAGAACGUUAUAUGUACUUUAGACUUUUGUAGUUAUUAUAUGCAUCGCUAAAAUUCAGUUGAAGUUCCUUCAAAAUGUCUCUUGAAUUUUAUUUCUGUUUGGCGUUAUGCAUUUUUGUGAGUUAUUGUCCCGCUGAGGGCCAAGAAGAAGUUUUGGAUGGCAGGGUCGUCAUUGUGUCACAUUUACCUUCUCACUUGUACUGGACUGAAGAAGGAGGAGUCUCAAAUCGCUUGAAGGCCAGCAAAUACAAAAUUAAAAAAUCUUGCCACAAAGAUACUUACUAUUUUAUUAACGAAAAGAGCGGACUAUUUUUGAGCGUGACUGGUGGAUGCGGAAAUACCAAUAUUGGUCUGGAAUCAGCAAAAUUAACUCGGAAUCAGCGAUUCCGUUUAAUAUUCGGUGACUAUGCCAACAGCACUAGAGUAUUGGCAAGCAAGUGUGAUUUGAACAUGUACCUAACCAUAAACUCUGGUAGGAAUAAACUUUUAUUGAAGAAAAAGGACCCUUCCAAUAUGCGUCAGUUUUACUUUAACUUUGCAACUGUACUGAAUAAUGUAUAGUCUCACGGUAGAACUACAACGGAAUAAAGUAAA